GGAGGAGACUGUGCAGGAGGCAGAGGUGGUACAUGCAGUCAUCCCUGAACAUGUAUUCAUCCUGGAGGAGGCUGUGCAGGAGGCAGAGGUGGUACAUGCAGUCAUCCCUGAACAUGUUUUCAUCCUGGAGGAGACUGUGCAGGAGGCAGAGGUGGUACAUGCAGUCAUCCCUGAACAUGUAUUCAUCCUGGAGGAGACUGUGCAGGAGGCAGAGGUGGUACAUGCAGUCAUCCCUGAACAUGUUUUCAUCCUGGAGGAGACUGUGCAGGAGGCAGAGGAAAUAAGGGUUAGUACAGCAUGCCAAACUGACCCCUAGGUGCCAGUGUUCCUGUGCUGCGGUGGAGAAGAGGUCCAUCGGGACCAUCACUGAAGAACUCGGGGCCCAGCUAGACGACCAUCACUAAAGAGCUCAGGGCCCAGCUAGAUUGAGCUCAUGUCCAUCAGUAUACAACCGAGUCCUGCCCAUAUCCGCCACAGAUGGAGCUGACGGAAGGUGAGAUCACUCGCUGUAUGAACCUGAGAGCUCAGAAUUACAAUCAUCUCAGUGCCAAGAUAUACUAUCUAUCACUUUGGGGGCGCGGGAUGGUGUUCCCCUAAACUGGAGAAGGAGCAGGCCAUUCAACAUCGAAUUCAAAGAUACACCCAUCCUUAAAGGGAAUUGGAGUGGAAUUAUUUUUCCGCUGAUUUUGUUUUACCCGUUUCAAUGGAUGUGCUACCUUGUCCCUGUCCGACUGUUUCAACUCUCUCUCUCAACCUAUGAAUGCUCAGCUAUGAAGAGACAACUGACAUUUGCUUCUGUGGUGUUGAACUGUUGCACCCUCUAUAACCACUGUGGUUAUUAUUUGGAUGUAAAAAGGGCUUUUGUAAAAUACAUUUGAUUGAGUGAUUGUUUGCUGUGCUGGAUACUGUGUAUUCACUAACUGUCUGAGUGAUGGGAUUUUUAUAUAGCAUCUGUAACAUACGUUGGUGUAUAUUUAAUCUGCGUCUUAACUUCUUAAAGUGGCAAUCAGCAGUAGAAACAAUAACAAAGUGUCUCCCUGCUCCUCUUUCGGUAAAAAGCUGAGGGAUGGGGCUGGAGAAAUGUAACCACUCUCAAAUUCAUAGACAGUUAUAGAUGCAAGGACUGACCAUCCAUGAUAUCAACAUUGUAGUCCUGAUUCUAUGAUCUGUUUCCACCACCAUAUAACCCAGUUCGCUCUGGAUAAACGUGUCUGCUAAAUGGAAUAUAUUAUUCAAGUCUACGUUGACUCUGCCGAUAUGUUGCCGAGUGUAGUUACCGUUCCUUUCCAAUAAUGGCAGCCAAAGCUAGUUGAAGUCAGUACUCUAGCGACAGGGACACCGGGAUAGUGCGCACUGAAAGUACUAUUAUCUUCACAGCAAGUUAAUCUGGUUACGUUUGAACCUGUUGUUGUAGUGGACAAGCUAACUAAUACAAGUUUUACAUAAGACGCAGACAUUAGGUCUAUGUUUUAGGCUAGAGUUACUAAAUUCAUUGUAUUCAGUGCGUUUUCUUCUGUGUAUGCGCGCAUUAUAGAAGAAACAGCACACGCAAGUAUGAGCCGCCAUACAGCUCGUCCAAUUCUCACUUGUGCAGAUAGGGUGAACUGGCGAUAAACUUUGUUCGUCAAACAAAAUCAUAAGAAAAGUUAGUCUGAUACCGAAACUAAAUAACAAUGUAUUUAUUAGAAGCAUGCAACCAUUAUUGGUUAGGAUGAGAUUUCAUGAAUCAUGAUGCUGUCUGCGAUUCAAACUCCUGUCGUCUAAUCUAAUGGUAAAUGUGUUACCAACGUGCCAAACAGCGCUGAUAAUAAACAUCGGUAUAGGAUACUUAUAUAGUGUAACGACCCUGGGUUUAUAAACGCGGAUAUCGACCCUGCCGCUCGAGCAUGCUUUUGGGGCAGUCAAUAGCGCGCUGGACUGGGCUAGAAGGUCGAGAGUUCGAGACCUGCCCCCUGCCUGUUUCAUUACAAUAUAUUGAACAACUACCCACUACUGAUAUUCAUUUUAAACUAUUUAUAAUCAAGCAACAUUUCACCAAUUAUUUAGCUGGCAAAUCGGCUGCUGACUGGUCGAGUCACCUUUUCGGCCAGGAAGUCCUUCAUAAGGAUUAAUACAUCCAAUAAAUCCAUCGCCAUCGACAGACUGACAGGAACCUCUGACUGGAUGUACAGUAAUACAGCCACCAUCCGCUGGGCAUCGCUACAAUCUCUACAAUCGAGAACGAACUCUUUGAUCUGGGGCAACGAUAGGCUCAAACAUGAACGGUUUCAGUUGGUUUAUUGGCUCCCUAACUAACAAUUAUUUCCAUCUCUGUAAUAAACUCAUUCUCAGACUUGGAGCUACUCUGUAAAUUCAGCCAUUUUGAAUUCCAAAAUGCUCUCCCCUGCCAGUGACGCAACAAUGCCAAUAUGGCGAUUUACAGUUCCAGUUAUCUGGCGUUCAAAAUCAUAGUGUUUCCAUUCACCUGUAUAUAACAGGUGGUUCCCUUAGCAACGCCUGAUCAUCCUAGUUAGCAUGUCAUGGCUGCAAAGCUAGUUGCGGAGAACCAUGUCAUCGCAUUCAGUGCAGUACUGCACUUCCUUUGUCAUAAAGUUAUUUAUGACAAAUAUGGAUAUGUGUCAGUUUGUCACUUUCAUGAUCAUGUAGUGAAGAUCUAUUCAGCUACUGAAGAAACUGUCUUGAAGAUAGCUAAAUGUUUUUACGAUUUAGAGAAAACGUACCAACAAGGUACGACGAGUUUGUCACUUUCCCCAUCGACAACCUGCUUGACCAAAUCCGGUCCUGCUCUGCUAAACAUCAUGUAAACGACCGUGACAGGACGCUCCUGUCAUAAACCCUGCCUGUUUUAACGUCAUUUACCGUAGAUACACAGAUGAAAGACCGCCCUCCUCACAAGCAGUGGUAUUAUUAAAGCAGUGUGUGCUGUUGAAACAGUCUGAUUUGAGAAUAGGGGCAAGAUAAGCAAGCAAGUAGAUACUCUGUGUGCCCAGCAUCAUUUUUAACAGCGUGUUUUGCUCUUUGAUUCUGUUCACAAUGGCACAGGUCAACAGAUGUCUGAAACAGCUGUUCUUUGGAUUCAACAUGUUGUUAGGGAUUGCAGGGUGUGUCCUAUUGGUUUUGGGAAUGAUCGCAGCACCAUAUAAUACAGAGCAUGACCAAGGAGAGUCAAUUGGCUUGACAUGGAUUAUAUCCACUGCAGUUGUUUCUGUGCUGCUCUCUUUACUUGGAGCAUAUGGUGCAUACAAAGAGAACAGUGUGAUACUGAGAGUGUUCCUUGGAAUAAUAGGCUUUGGAACAAUCCUUUUUCUCAUUGUUGGAUUUAAAGUGGCUCGUUCAAUGCCUGAGGCCAUGCAACUGAUUAAAGAAAACCUCCCUGCAAUUACAUCAGAAAUGAUGGCUGAUGCAGAGCACCGACAAACUAUCAUGGCUCUACAAGUACAAGGGAAGUGUUGUGGAAUAAUGAGUUACAGCGACUGGGAUAGCAAGAUUCCAGAGACCUGUAAAUGUUUUAGUUUCAAGUCAGACCCGUCCCAAUGUAUGGAGGUGCAAACGACUAAAGAUGGCGGCAACUGGGGAAGAUCUGACAAAUCUGAAAUGAUGUGGAUCUACAGAGAGCCCUGUGGUCCUCUCAUCUUGAAGAACUUCGACUCUGCUUUUAAGACCGUACUUGGAUUCUUCUUUGGAUUUGGUGUUUAUGCUUUGAUUGGGCAAGUGUUAUCCGUCGUGAUGAUUCGUCAGGUCAAGAAGGUGCAGUGUACUGAAGUUCCUGAGACUAUAGAAGAUGGAUAUCGUUUCACACCUCAAUUCCAGGCAAUUCGCCAUGUGGAGGGAGUUGCGGGAGUUGAACCGACGACCUUCUACCCAUAACCAGGGAUGAGGUCAGCGUUUCAGUUUUUGGCAUCCUGGCGAGAGGCGAGGAGCAGAAGGUCCUCGAACAACGUGAGAUGAGGUGGAACCCAAAAAAAUAAUAUGAGUGUUCGGAAUGAAAAGGCACAACUCACUGCUCACAGUUAAAAACAUGAUGCUUUAUUUAUCUCAUUUGUGUAUAACAUUUAUUAAAUCAUAAUAAAGUUUCGUCUGUCCAUAGCUUUUCUGGUCAUUCUGAUGAAGUCCAUUAAAACGGAGCAAAACAUCACGAUUUUUAACUCAAAUUAGAUUAGUAACGUAUCAAGCUUUUAACUAAGAAUGAAAGUCCUACCUUUUCCCCCCCUUUAAAUUCAGGCUAGAAGAGUAAGAAGUGUCCUUAGUGUGACCUUAGUGUGACCUUAGUGUGACCUUAUUGUGACCUUUAGAGUGAGACAUUAUGAAGCACUGUAAUAGGGAAGUUCUGCUCUAGACGCUCUGACAAAAUGAAUGUGCUGCGUCCCAAAUGGUACCCUCUUCUCUACUAGCCCAUAAGGUUCUGGUCACAAAUAGUGCACUACAUAGGGAAUAGGGUGCCGUUUGGGAAGCAAGCCAACGUAAUAAGGAAGCUCUGCUCCAACCCCACACUGACAAUAUCAUUCCCUCCUCUGUCUUCUGUCAAUACGGCUUGUAAUCAGCUUUCUGAGAUGAGCUUUGUUGUUUACAUUAUUAAAUCAUGUCUGAUUGUACACAGAUAAAUUGCUAGAUUGUAUUUCCACAGUAAAGUGUCGUCCAUCCAGAAACCAAACGUCUAGAGACUAAACGUCCAUGCAAGCAGCACUGUAGACAUUGCAUUGACCACCAUGCGCUACAGUGAACUCUGAAAGUAUUGGGACAGUGACUCAAUGUAUUCUGUCAUGUUGGAGUCACUGUUAUUGUAAAUAAAAUAUGUUUUAAUGAAUAGUCCUGAAUGAAUCGUGAUUAACGAUGAGUGA